UUCAGAGUUUUCUUUAUGAAUGUUAUUAGAAUCAAGCGAUUAGAAGACAAAGUGCACACUCCUUUCCUUAGUGGACAUCCACUUAAAACCAUGAACCCCGUCCAACAGUUGUGUUCUUUUUUACAAUUGUCUCUUUCCCAUUCAGGAAGCACUCUGAAUGCCCCUCUGACCCGGCUCUCUAACUGCAUCUAUCAUUCUGCUAAUCCGCUUAACGAGCUGGUCGGAAAACCGCGCGCGGUCUUCGGAACCGGUCUUGUGAUCCGCUUUGCUGGAAUUUUACGAAUCGAGCUGAACUAUUGCGUGCCUAUCCACAGUCAGCCUGAAGAUGCAUUGAAGUCCGGGUUCUCAUUGGGACUCGGGCUGAACUAUUCUUGA